CCGCAGGUCUUGUUACUACUGUUGCCUCAGUAAAGCUACAGCGGAAUUCAUGUUUCCGGUCAAUAGGCUGUAGUCGGGGAAGCACUGGUGUAGACAUUUUUUCCCCAGGAAUGUCUCCCCUGCUGUUUUUGUGUCUGUGGUUUGGGUCUGCGCUGGGAGUCCAGCAGAUGCCACAUUACUCGUUGCCCCACCUGCCCUUCCUCACCGUGUGGAAUGCGCCCACUGAGCCCUGCAUGUCCAAGCACGGCGUGGACCUGGACCUGAGCGUGUUCGACAUCGUGCUGAACCAGAACCAGACCUUCAUGGGCAGAAACAUCACCAUCUUCUACGAGAGCAAGCUGGGCCGAUACCCGCGCUACGCCGCUGGAGGGGAGGCGGUCAACGGAGGGGUGCCACAGAACAGCAGCCUGCAGGAGCACCUGCGGGACGCCAGGGCUGACAUUGCGGUGUACAUACCCCGCCCCAAGUUCCGAGGGCUGGCUGUGAUCGACUGGGAGAGCUGGCGCCCCCUGUGGGCUCGUAACUGGGAGAGCAAACGGGUGUACUGGGAGGGGUCGCGGGCGCUGGUGCGGGAGAAGCACCCGGGCUGGACUCCGGAGCAGGUGGAGGUGGAGGCUGAGAAAGAGUUCCAGGAGGCAGGCCGGGCAUUUAUGGAAGAGACACUGAGGCUGGGCCGAGGCAUGAGGCCCGGGGGAUUCUGGGGGUUCUACGGGUUCCCCUGCUGCUACAACUACCAGUACAAGAACACCACAGCCAACUACACUGGGGCCUGCCCCGAGGUGGAGGUGAAAAGGAACAAUGAGCUGGCGUGGCUGUGGAACGCCAGCUCUGCCCUCUACCCAGACAUUUACCUGGAAAUCGGUCUGCGUGGCAGGGGGGACGCCAUCCUCCGCUAUACCCACUACCGCGUCCUAGAGGCCAUGAGGGUGGCAGCGCUGGUUACCCCCAUCGCCCCCCCAGUGUUGCCCUAUGCACGGAUAGCCUACACCUACUCACUACAGUUCCUCUCCCAGGAGGACCUGAUUCACACUAUUGGGGAGAGUGCAGCUCUAGGUGCAGCAGGAGUGGUGCUGUGGGGAGAUGCAUAUUUUUCCAGAUCGCAGGCUGCUUGUCAGGCAGUGAAGGACUACCUGGACGGGACGCUGGGGCGCUACGUGGUCAAUGUGACGACGGCCGCCAGCCUCUGCAGCAGGUUGGUGUGCUCCAGCCAGGGGAGGUGCCGGAGGAAGGACCCCGCCUCCACUGCCCUCCUCCAGCUGGACCCUGUGGACUGGAGCGUGCUCUCGCACCCGGGGCAGAGGGGGGCGCGGCGCUACAGCGUUCACGGGCGGCCCAGCAAGGCGAGCGCGCGUGACAUGGCGGCGCGGUUCCAAUGCCAGUGUUACCCGGGCUGGGCCGGCAGGCACUGUCACAAGCGGCUUGAGCCCAGACCGCACCGGCAAACUGAAGGAGCCCCAAAAAGCGGGAUCAAAAAGCUGACCGCAUGACUUAACUAUAAAGCUGGACCACCAAGACUAGUUAUUCCACUGGCGCGGGGGCGGAGCUGACCUUCAUCGGCUGGUUGAGUGGUUAUGAGCGCGGACACGCUUCCCUCCCAGGUUUAGAUGUGUGGCGAAUAGAUCUAUCCUUCUUUCUGGGGUUCUUGGACAGAAUGAGUGAAUGAAAUAGGUCUGCAACAAAAAUAGUCAUGGGCUGAGUGUGUUUGAAACCAUCAGUGUGCAUUAGUGCAUCCCACUGAAACCACAACAGGGCUACAGCCAUGUUGAAUUAUAGUAUUGGUCUCAUUCUUUGGCUCCUGAUAGGGUGUCAUCAGCUGAGGCCAGCUGAGGUUGUAGUAUGAAACUUUUCAACUGGUGUUCAUGUCUGAUAAAAACCUGCUCUAACACAUGCCAUAACUACAUUUGGCAUAAUGGUAUUAAAUGGUAUUAAAAGCACAGUUGAAAUGUACUUGAAAACUGAGGAGUGCCUAAACAGGACCAUUCUGCAUCUCUGUGUAUUAAUUUAACAUUCUUUGGAAACAUAUGCCUUCAGAAGUAAGUAAAUGAAAAACACAAAACUAUUACAAUGUGGUAGGAGUGCCAGCGUGUGAGGCUUUAGGAGACCUCCCUUUAUAAUUCAGGAGUUUACGAAAAGCUCCAGCCAAGUGCAAAUUUGAUGUACUUGAAACAUAAAGAACUAACAUGCACGAUUGAGCAUUCUGAAGCAUUUAAGCUUAGAACUGGAUUUGUGGUUUGUAGUAAGGCUUGCUUGUGUCAUUGAAUGGAAGAGGAGGAUAGGGUUCUAAGGCUUGCAAGACAUUGUUCAAAUGCUUAAUUGUACAUCUGAGUACUGGAAACAUGAAACAGAUUUUUGGCUGAAAUCAUCCUUCAUUUUGUCCCCUCAUUUAAAAAAAGUGCUUCACACAGACGCUUAGAACAGAAUGCCCAACAG